AAGCAGGGUUCAUCAUAGUGGCCCCUAACAACCCCCAACAGCCACAACACUUCUGCUGCUUCUAGUGGAAUUAUUAAUAUAUUUGUCACAAGAUGAGUCAGGACGUCAUUGUGGACGCCUUACCUUACAUAGACACCGGCUAUGAGGAGCCAGGAGUCAGAGAGGCGGCCAUUGCAAUGGUAGAGGAUGAGAAGAAGCGUUACCGUCCCACCAAGAACUACCUGGAGCACCUCCCUCCUCUUAAUUUAAAUGCUUUUGAGACGGAUGUGAUGCGUUGCGAAUUUGAACGUGUUGCUGCACGACAGCCAAUGGACACGUUGAGUAUGAAGCGUUAUGAACUCCCACCACCACCCCCUGGAAAAAUGACAGAUGUUGCUGCUUGGGGCGAGUGUGUGGACAAUUCAAUGGCCCAGCUUGAACAUCAGGCGACUAGGAUUAUGAACCUGGAUUUAAUGAACGAGUUUGGAGCGGAAGCAUGGAAGGCUCACAACAAUGUCCUACAGCACAUGUUGACCCGCUCUCAGGCACAGCUACAGGAGUACAAGAAAGAAAUUCAGGAACUAAAUUGGUCCAGAAAAAGCAUGCAGACCAAGGCAGGAGAGGAGCUGCGCCAUCUGGAGAGUAGUUGGGUAUCACUUGUCUCUCGCAAUUAUGAGAUUGAACAAGCUUGUGUGCUGCUGGAAGCUGAAAUAGCAAAGUUAGAGCGAGAAAAAGAAAGUCAGGAGUGAGAUAAGUUUAUUAAUUUACUCUGAUUUUUGAACUGUAGAUGAUGUUGAGCAUUUGUGACAGUUGAGAAAUUUUAAAUUAGUGAAACAUUGUGGAAGAAACAAAGUGUGUAAGAGUUAGACAUCAGAGUAACUGCUUUAAUAUAAGUCUGGAAGCUCAGAUCAGAGUUGUAGAACAUAUUCAUUGUUAUUUAUCGUAUAUGAAGAUGGCAAUGGGAGGUCAAAUUGACAUUAUCAGAAGGUGAAUGAAGUGCAUGACAGGAAGAAAUGGAGUACAGUAUAUCAAACUUAUUGUACAACAUUUAGAGUCUACUUGAAAAUGAAAGAUAUGCAUUAUGCAUGUACUGUAAUAGUUAA